AUGAAGGCCUGCCCCUCACCCCCUCCCCCCCGGGGGGGAUCGCCUGCCUCUUCACUACUGCCCUCGCUGCCCCCAUGUCCGAACAGCAGCGGCUACAGAAAGAGAUCAGAUUGUCUUCCAGAUGGGUCACAGCCCGAUGUGCAAGAUCGGGUCUCGCGACAUGGAGAUGCACUUCUACGAGAGAUUGUCAAUAAGAUCAUCCGUCAGGUCGACACGAUCGAGAAACUCAUGGAGACCACUUCGUCGGACUCCGAGACCAUGACUUAG